UCAAGCCAUUUUGCAUACUCUAAGUCGGAUCCCACGACGACUUACAAAAGACAUAAAGAUAGGUGCGUUCAGAGAAAACUCUCACUCAGGGUGAUUGAGAAACAAAAAAGGUUAAAUCUUUUACCAAGUGAUGAAGCUUUUCCAACAUUCCCUCCUUUACAUUUUGGGAAAUUUGAUAUGGAACAAAUGAGGGAGUCUGCUGCACAAUGGUUGAUGAUGAAUGAACAUCCAUUUACCAUUUUAGAAGAAAAUGGAUUUAAUCUCAUGAUGAAAAGAGGAAUGCCCGAGUGGAAAAAAUCAGCAGGACCACUGCCAGAGCAGAUUGCUUUCAGAUUUAUGAGAUUGAAAAGAUAAGGCUGAAAAAAUCUCUUGAAACUGUGAGUAAAAUAAGUUUGACAACGGACUGUUGGAAAUCUAACUCAAAAAAUUGAAUACAUGGUUGUCACUGGCCAUUGGAUCGACUCUUCCUGGAGAUUGCAAAAGAGGGUUUUAAGCUUCAUAAACAUUCCACCACCAAGGGGAGGUCUUUAAAUUUCUGAUGCUAUAUUCAAGUGCAUGAAAAAGUGGGGCAUCGAAAACAAAUUUUUUACAGUAACAGUUGAUAAUGGUACAAGCAAUGAUUCAGCUAUUCGCUAUAUGAAGGAUACUAUUAAGAGGUCGAGGAAGUUGGUGUGUGAAGGGAUGUUAUUCCAUGUUCGUUGUUGUGCACACAUUCUUAACCUAUGUGUUCAAGACGGGUUAGAUGAGAUAGGAUACGUCAUUAGUGAUGUCAAAGAUGGUGUGGAAUAUGUUAAUCAUUCAGAAGCACGACGAAUACAAUUUGCAGAAUGUGUGAUGAAUUAAUUACAACUGAAAGAUAGGAAGUCGAUCUAUGGUAGUAAGACUAGAUGGAACUCAACCUUUGGAAUGUUAAGUUGUGCACUCAGGUUUAGAGAAGCUUUUAAGAUGUUACAUGAUCGUGACCCAAGGUAUGAUAGUUGUCCUUUGGAUGAGGAUUGGGAUAAGGUGCAAAAGGUUUGUUUAGUUUUAGAAUCUUUUUGGACAUCAACACACAUCAUUUCAGGUAGUGAAUAUCCUACCUCAAAUUUGUUCCUUCAGGAAGUCCAAAAAGUAAAAUCAUCGCUGGAUAAGAAUGCAAAUCAUAAAGAAUCUUUUAUCAAGGAUUUAGUUUGCAGAAUGAAACUAAAGUUUGAUAAAUAUUGGAGUGAGUGCAAUCUUUUGAUAGCUAUAGAUGCUGUGUUGGAUCCAACCAAGAAACUGCUUGCUGUUGAGUUUUGUUUUCCUAAACUUUAUUUGAAGGAGGAAGUUGUUCAAAACAUUUCAAAAGUAAAAGAGACUCUUACCACACUUUAUGAAGAGUACGCUGC